UCUUAGAAACAGCUUCCAAAGGAGAGGUCAGGAAAGAUGUGGAAUACUGUCAGAAACAGAUCGUGUUUAUAACAACGAGAGAACUCAAAGAGAGCAGCUUGUUGAGAAGUGAUGAAGAUCUCUGGGGUCAGAGUGUUCCCGCACCUCGUCUUUUUCAUCCUGACGACUGUUUCCAUCAAAGCCCAGGUCAACCCAGAAACGUGUCGCUACCCUCUGGGCAUGAGCAGUGGGCAGAUCCAGGAUGAGGACAUCUCUGCGUCCAGUCAGUGGUCCGAGUCCACCGCUGCAAGAUUUGGAAGACUGGACUCGGACAACGGGGACGGCGACGGGGCCUGGUGUCCCGACAUCGUGUCGGAGCCCGACGACCUCAGAGAGUACCUCCAGGUGGACCUGCGCUCGCUGCACUUCAUCACGCUGGUGGGCACRCAAGGCCGCCACGCCGACGGCAUCGGGAACGAGUUCGCCCAGAGAUACAGGAUCAAGUACAGCCGUGACGGCAAGAGCUGGGUGGGCUGGCGAGACAGGAGCGGACAGCAGGUCAUCGAGGGCAACAUGAAUGCAUAUGAAGCAGUGCUGAAGGAUCUCGAGCCACCCAUCGUGGCUCGUUUUGUCCGCUUCAUGCCCGUCACGGACCCGUCCAUGACCGUGUGCAUGAGAGUGGAGCUCUACGGCUGUGAGUGGCUGGAUGGUCUGAUGUCUUAUAGCAUUCCAGAUGGACACCAGAUGCUCUACAAAGGCCUGGAUGUCUUUCUCAAUGACUCCAUCUAUGACGGCACAGUAACUGACAGACUAACAAAGGGCCUCGGCCAGCUGACUGACGGCACGUGGGGUCAGAGUGAUUUCCUACACAGCCAACCGCCCGUUCUGUGGCCUGGAUACGACUACGUGGGCUGGAGCAACAAGACUUUCCCCAAAGGUUAUGUGGAGAUGAUCUUUGACUUCGACCACAUCCGGAACUUCACUUCAAUGAAGGUUCACUGCAAUAACAUGCUGAGCCGUGGAGUCAGCGUGUUCAGACAGGUCACGUGUUUCUUCAGGUCGGGACCAGACUGGGAGGCUGACCCCGUCACCUUCAGGCCAGCGGUGGAGGACCUGAGAAAAGGUGCUCACUUUGUCACCGUUCCUCUUGGGGAUCGAACGGCCAGCAGCGUCAAGUGUCGUUUCCACUUCAGGGAUCAGUGGCUGCUGUUCAGCGAGGUGGCCUUCCAGUCGGGCUCCGCAGUUUACAACACGUCACUGUCAUCUCACAAACAUGGACCUGCUGCUAACACACCUCCAGCAGAUGAUCCCACUCACAAAGUGGAUGACAGCAAUACGAGGAUCCUGAUUGGCUGCUUGGUGGCGAUCAUAGCCAUCCUGUCCACCAUCAUAGUCAUCAUACUGUGGCGGCAGGUCUGGCAAAAGAUGCUCGAAAAGGCGUCUCGACGCUUAUUGGACGAUGAGCUCACGGCCCGCCUGGCCGCUCAGACCCGGGCCUUCUCCUUCCUCCACUCGUCUCUGUCCAGCGAGGGGGGCUCCACCUCCACGUACGACAGGAUUUACCCGCUCUGUGCCGACUACCAGGAGCCGUCUCGCCUCAUCCGAAAACUGCCCGAGUUCGCCCAGUCCACUGAACACCUCGAGUGUGGGACGUCCUGCAGAGCAGCCGGUGGUCCGGACAGCGCUCCGCACUACGCUGAGGCAGACAUCAURAGUCUGCAGGAGUCUUCAGACAGCGGCACGUUCUCCAUCACAGCUGCCACCAUCAACCUGAUCGCCGGAGCAGAGUCAUCCAUGAGGGAGUUCCCCCGGGAGAAGCUCACCUUCAAGGAGAAACUGGGAGAGGGCCAGUUUGGAGAAGUGCACUUGUGUGAGGCUGAGGGUCUGAGGGUCUUUCUGGAUGAGGAGUCAGCCGAAGAUAACCAUGAUUCUUCGCUCGUCGCUGUAAAAAAACUGCGAGAAGAUGCCAACAAGAACGCCAGGAACGACUUCCUGAAGGAGAUCCGGAUCAUGUCCCGUCUGAGGGACCCCAACAUAGUCCGCCUGCUGGCCGUGUGCGUGGACAGAGACCCUCUGUGCAUGAUCACUGAGUACAUGGAAAACGGAGACCUGAAUCAGUUCCUGGGUGGUCUCAGACUCAAGAAGACCACUGACGAAGAUGAGGCAGGUCAGGAAGAGAAGUUGGAUAUGAUAAGUUACACACAGCUGGUCGGUAUGGCGGUGCAGAUUGCAUCUGGGAUGAAGUACCUGUCCUCUCUCAACUUUGUCCACCGUGAUUUGGCAACUCGUAACUGCCUGGUGGGAAGGAACCACACCAUCAAGAUCGCUGAUUUCGGCAUGAGCCGGAACCUUUACAGAGGGGAUUAUUACCGAAUCCAGGGCCGAGCAGUGCUGCCCAUUCGCUGGAUGUCAUGGGAGAGCAUCCUCCUGGGUAAGUUCACCAUGGCCAGUGAUGUGUGGGCGUUCGCAGUGACUCUGUGGGAAAUCCUGACUCUGUGUAAGGAGCAGCCGUACUCACAGCUCUCUGACGAGCAGGUCAUUGAAAACACCGGCGAGUUCUUCCGGGACCAGGGCAAGCAGGUGUACCUGCUGAAGCCUCCCUGUUGUCCUGAAGGAGUCUACAGUCACCUGAUGCUGAGCUGCUGGAGGAGAAACGCCAAGGAAAGGCCGAGCUUCCAGGAGAUUCACACUCAGCUGAUGGAGAGCGUGGCAGCGCAGAUGGAUGAUGCAUAGCAAAUUAUAAAAUGCAAAUUUGACACUUUCAGAGUCACAUUUAUCACUCUCACAGAUACCAAAUAGAAGCAUCUACAGAGAGUGUCAAUCUAACUGCAUAAUGUGUCAGAAUGUGCUGUAAAAAUACUAUUAUUUACUUUGAAUUUAACAAGUGCUAAAAUCCGGACUUCUCAAAACCCAAAGUAACACUUUCCAUGCAGCUGUCAGCUUCAUCUUGAACAUAUAAUUUUUUCUUAUCAUCGUGCAAAAUAAGCAUAACAGAGUCAAAUAAAAUGUGUCACGACAUGAACAGAAUAAAUUAUGUUCAACAAAUGUAGUCGGUGAGCUGCCAGUCUCAAAACAACUUGGAGAUUUGGACAAAAGACUUGAUUCUCAUUAAAAUCAGAUUUUUUUGUGAAACGUUUUGAACAUUUUAAUCUGAAAAUGCUCUGAAAUCUUUUCAUCAUCACUCAGAUUCAGUUAGAAGGCCAGCAGAUGUAGGUACAGUAGGUAAUCGAUUAAAUAGGUUGGAUCAGUGUUUUUUCAUGCCUCAAACUUCAAAUGUAUAGAAAAUCAGAUGGAUUUCCUGCAUUAAAUAGAUUAAAAAGCAAUGAUGCCACAAUAACAGAUGAGGGAUCUUUUAUCAAAUGUGUAUUUAUGCUAGCUUUUUAUUACAGUUGGGACAAUAAUUAUUAUUUUUCUUUUUUUUUUACAGAAUAUCUUGUUUUAUAAACAGGUUUUUCUACCUUUUCGGAAAUGAGUUCAUUGUGUAUAGUUGGGUAGUUGUGAAUAAAGAGAGAAAAUAC